UUUCAGAAAUAUUUUGAAAAUAUGGGUGCUGGACAUCGUGCGGGACCAUUGAAACAAUCAAAUAAGAGGCAUAAAAGUGGUCGUCAUCGCACUAAGGGUGCACUGGAUGCAGUCGCUGGAGGUAAGGUAGGUUGCAAAGCUGUAACUGGAAAACAUCGUUUUUUGAUUGGUAAGAAAGCUCGACGUCUCCAAGCUCAACAGUUACGUGAAAAUAAACAUGCUGCCCUAAAAUUAUCUGAAGGUUACGCCGCUUCUAACGGUUACCUCAAACAACCUCCAAUAUUUAUCACGGUCUUAUCAUUUGAUCCUAAUUAUACGGCCGAUGAACUUAUAGCACUGUUAUGUUCGUGUGAUGAAACUUCUUAUCGAAAUACAAGUUAUAAUGGUUGUCUAAAUCAUCUCUGCAUAAAGCGACUCAAAAGUCGUUAUGUGUUUACUGCACCGAAUUAUGUAAACACUGAUGUUAUACUUGAUUACGUGAAAAUAUCCGAUGUCAUUGCUUUCAUUUGGCCAGCUAAUGGUGAAAUUACGGUGAAAGAUGAUAUUUUAAUGAGUACCUUGUUGGCACAUGGUUUACCGGUUACCAUGCACUUUGUACCAGGGCUCUGCGCGUCUGCAACUACAAAACAAAAAGAAAUUAUACGCAAAAAUGUUACAAAAUUAAUCGCGAAUUGGAGUUUUGGAAAUGAGAAGCUGAUGCACUGUGAUAGCGAAAAUGAUGGUUUACUUGCUCUGCGUUUGAUUAGUACAAUGAAAAAGAAGUUGCCAUGUAUGCAAAGGAUGCGAUCACAUUUAAUUGCCGAAAAUGUUGAAAAAAUUGAAGCAGAGGGAGAUUUAUGCACGCUGAAAGUUACCGGAUAUUUGAAGGGACGGUCCUUGGAUGUUAACAAUCUUGUUCACGUACCGUGGUUGGGUGAUUUCCAAAUGACACAAAUUGUCAUGGAGCAAGAUCCUUUUGCGCCAGAUAAGAAGGUCCGGAUUGGUAUCAAAACUUCAGGAACUACAUUCAAACCGGAUGUGAAUCUGCAGACGUCAUUACAGUCUGAAAUAAUUCCAGAUCCUAUGGAUGCAGAGCAGACAUGGCCAACAGAGGAUGAUAUUGUGAAGGAAGCAUUUAAAGUAAAGAAAAUAGUCAAAAAUGUACCAGUUGGGACAUCGGCAUAUCAAGCUGAGUGGAUUAUUAAUGAUGAAGAUGAGAUAUCUGACGAGGAGAUUGAGGAUGAACUAGCAGACAAUAACGUCAUGAAAGAAGCAGUAAAUAGCGAGGAGUCAGAUGUCGAAAACGAAAUGGAAGUAGAGAAGACGAGCGUCAUAAGUGAUACUGAAAGUUUCAUGGAGAUUAAAGAUGAAGAAAUCAACAUGGCAGAAGUGGAGAAAUACCGAGAAGCCCGUGAAAAUGAGCAGUUCCCAGACGAAAUUGACACUCCGAUGGAUGUGCCAGCUAGAAUUCGUUUCCAGAGAUAUCGUGCUUUAAAAAGUUUCAGGACAUCGCCUUGGGACCCACUUGAAAAUCUUCCAAAAACAUAUUCUCGAAUUUUCAAAUUUUCGAAUUAUCGACACUCUAAGAAAGUUGCAUUGUCAAAUACUGCAACUGAAAAUGAAUACAGCGCACCACGAGGCGCAUUCAUUUCUAUUUAUAUUUCCAAAGUGCCCACCAAUUUAAUAGAUAUUUGGCCUCGUAGUAAGCCAUUAAUAAUUUAUGGAUUGUUAGCACAUGAACAGAAGAUGUCAGUUCUUAAUAUGGUGCUUAAAAGACAUCCUUCCUGUACGGUACCAAUAACAAACAAGCAGAGAUUGCUCUUUUACAUGGGUUAUCGACAUUUUGAAGCAGAGCCAGUAUUUUCACAACAUACAAGUGGUGACAAGUUCAAGAUGGAGCGGUUCAUGCCGAACGAUGGCGCAUUUGUUGCAUCGGUAUUUGCACCAAUAAUGUUCCCACCUGUUCCUGUUCUGGUCUAUCGAUUAGAUAGCCGAGGAAAUCAGCAACUUGUAGCAACGGGUGGUGUGCUAAAUGUUAGUCCGGAUCGAAUCAUCCUCAAACGCAUCGUUCUUUCUGGACAUCCAUUUAAAAUCAAUCGAAGAAGUGUUGUCGUACGCUACAUGUUUUUUAACCGUGAGGAUAUUGAAUGGUUUAAACCUGUGGAAUUGCGCACUCCACGCGGUCGAAGAGGACACAUUAAAGAAGCAUUAGGAACGCAUGGACAUAUGAAAUGUGUAUUCGAUCAGCAACUUAAUGCGAUGGAUACAGUGAUGAUGAAUCUGUACAAACGAGUUUUUCCGAAAUGGACAUACAGACCUGUUGUGUUGCAUCCUUCAUCUGGAUCACCUAAUGAAUCUGAACUGAUGGAAAUAUGAUUUUCAACGGCUCUUUUUUUCUAAAUCAUGUUAUUGUUAGUGGUUGAAUUUUUGAUCAGUGAUUGGAAGCUGUUAGAGAUCCUUUCCUUUAAAGCUGAACGAUGACUAUGGUUUUUCUUUCAUCAUGGACUCUUUUUUUGAUUUUCUCCUCAAAUUUUUGUGGAACCUCGAAUUGCCAGUGCCCAGAAAUUUGAAUUCUUGUCAAACAUGUAAUGCGUUUUUGUAAUUUGUUGGAACUACUGUUAGUUCUUUUUAGUUCUUGCUUCAUAUUGGCAAUAAAAAAA